AUUUUUCCAGAUGAACGCUUCCUUAAUCUGCAUUUUCGUGAAUGUCAUGAUCCUUUACUUCAAUUAGCCAGAGAACAGGGUCAGAGAACUUUCGCCUGCUUUGAAUAUUCUUGUAAUCGUCUAUUUCACACUCCCAAGACACGAAGGCUUCAUUUGAUAGAUGCUCAUCACUACCCACCAACGUAUGUAGCCUCAUCGAAGGCCCUUGCUGAAAGUUCUAUAUAA